AGUUUCCCAUCAGUUGUGGUUCAUGGUGGCCCCUCGUUGCCAAGGAAAAAUAACUAUUUGUAAAUAAUCCUCUGGAGAAAACAAUUAUUCUUCACGUGCAAACAUCGAUUCACCGUCAUUUCACAAGUGACGCGCCCCUAAAUCGCGGAAAACGCGGAAAAUCGCGCUAAAAUGCCUGCGAGACUCGCUAUGGAAGAGGGAAAUCGCGAGACUCGAGCUUUGAAUAUAAAAAAUGUCAGGAGAAGACUCUUCAAGGAUGAUGAUGAUGAUGGAGAGACCAGCGGACCUAGGGGGACUGAUGAUAAUGAAGCUAAUAUCUUCAUGGAAGAGGCCAGGAAGAAUUUUCAGAACGCUAAAGAAAAAUGGAAUUUCGAUUUUGCGAAGAACGAGCCCCUGCCAGGUCGUUGGCAAUACGUAAAAGCAAAUGAAGAUUUUCCACCGGACGAACCGGAAACUCCCCCAUCGGAAAAAGAGGAAGCGACCUCGAAUGCCCCAGAAAAUGCUCAACCAGUUGAUAAGACUGGAAAUUCCAGUUAAUAAUUUAAUUAUCGAGUGUAAUCACUAACAUCCCCAUUAAUUCAUUUUUUAUUGAAUUUACUAUUGGACGAGGCCGUUCAGUAUUUUUACCAUUUAUUUAAACCAAGAGAAGUGUUUAAAAGACUUAAAUUUGAUAUUGAUGAUGUACCUGGAGCUCAUCCCUCCCUUGACUCUGAAAAUCAUGUGAAGACGUAGUACAUAAUGAUUUUCUAAAUUUCUUUGUGAUUUCUACCCCUAAAUUAUAACUUCUGAAACUUAUUAAAAAGUUCCAAGUCUAGUCAAAUGUAAAAAAAAAUUAUCAUUCGUGAUUUAUUUAUUAAUUAUUUCUCGAGAUUCGUGAAUUUUUCAUUGAAUCUAAUGGUGAUAUUAUUUAAAUGAAAAAGACCAAACGAAAUUCAGCAAUUGUGCAAUAACAAAUGUACAGAGAAGUAAUGAAAGGAAAACAAUAAUAAAU